CACCCUGCCGCCGAAGGCUCAAGACGUGCUCCUGUCGUCGGAAGCCUCCGCCUGUCACCGCCGGCCGGACGACACUGCCGCCGCGAAGCACUGCGCCCGCUCCUCGUGUUGACGGUCCCCUCCUCGUGCACCGAGGCCCGGGCGAGGCUGGCGCCCUUGUGCCCUCUCGCGAGCCAGUGUGUGGCGCGGGUCGGGCCCACGCCCCUCGCAGUGCCCCCCGGCGGCCCGCCCCGCGGAGCCCCUUCGCAGACGCCCCCCUCCCCCCUUCCCGCCACGCCCGGCCGGGCCCGCGUACGCGUACGUACUCGAGCCCACUCCGAGCUGCGGGCGAGGGCGACCAGCGACCAGGGCGACACUACACUGCGACCUGCAAGCCGACCAGUCGUCUCACCCAUUCCGUUGGUCAGGCCGUCAGGCUGGGCGCCACUCCGCCCGCCAGCCCGGUGGCCCCGGUGGCUCUCUCUUCCGUGUGUGUCGCAUCGCCGCUCUGCUGCUGUUCUCCGCCGACUGACCGCGCGCGUCGGGAGUGCGUCGCGUUUGCCUCUCGGGAGGAUUUGUGUGCAGUGAAGUGACUGAGAAGUGUGAGGAUUCGCGAGCCGGUCGGCAUGUGAGUAUGCUGCCAGGAUGCUGCCGGACCCGUGAGGCGAGCCACCAGGACACCGCGGAGGACAGCUCAGGCUCAGGGGAGGCGCGCCCGGAUACUCUUCUACCCCUAAACAUCGAAGCCUGCUCGUGACCAUGGCGGCGCUGGCGUUCUUGCUGCUCGUGUUUUUGGCGCGCCCCAACUCCGGAGAGGACCGUGUCGACUUGGGAGGGCGGCAGGAGCCGCUCAACCUACCCCUUCUGGCCCAGUGCGAGGCCAAGGCGUGCCCGGGCCCCAGGUGUGCAUCGGCUGCAGACUGCUGCCUGCGGAGAAAAACUACUGACGACUCUUGCGGAGGGGCGUGCGCGUGCGCGCGUACCGGGACGCUGACACAAGACCCCGCGCCGUGCCCGCAGCUGACCGCCCCCGAGCUGCACUGCCGCGAGUACGACCGCCUGAGCGUCCGCUACCCCUGGCGGGGGAUGCCCCAGGACAACGUGUACCUCGUCGAGGUGCGCGAGCUCGGCGGCGACUGGAGGCACGCCAAUAUCACUCGUCUCCAGAUCGGGUACGUCCGCGGCCUCCGGCCCGCCACUGAGUACCAGGUGAGGGUGACGUCCUUCGGGCCUCUAGGACGCCGCUGCACCUCCGCGACGAGCGCGCUGUUCAGCACGACCGCCGAUCAGGAUUACGUCUCCCCACCGCCGCAGUCAAUGCACCUGGAGUCUAUGGAGUACGACGAGACCCACGGCCAUGCCCGUGUGUCCUGGAAGCCGGCUGCCGCAGACCCCGCCUGCAUGUACGCCGUGUUCUGGUUCCCGGGGAAGGACCAGAGCUACGGGGAGAGAGAGCUGAACGUGUACGACAGCCCGCGGGAGAUCACCCUCAACAACUUGACCCUGGACGACACGUACAUCGUGCUCGCGCGGAGCAUGUCGCAGAACAAGAAGAGCGAGUCCAACGAGACGCGGCUGCUGGACGGGCUGCGCGUCAAGUCUUGCAACGAGGCGCACGGCAACAACCUCACCAUCUGCACGCCCGAGCAGGUGCACGGCCUGUCCGUGUACGCCGAGUGCCACGUCUCGCCCUGGCGCCCGGGGCCGGGCAAGGACGUGAUCGUGGACCUGAAGGUGAACUGGACGCGGCCCGCGGCAGAGCCCCUACGUUACCGCCUGCACGUCCGCGACAUGCCCAUCCUGCUCACCGUGGACUCCCUCCAGCUCAGGGCCAACCUCACCCUCCCCGGGAACGUCACGAGCCACACGAUAAGGGGCCUGGCCGUGCACCCGUCCUUCUUCGUGGAAGUGUGGGCCGAGUCCGUCGCCGGAGCGGGGCCCAGCGUGACCGAGGUGUGCGAGGUGGACCCGGCAUCGUGGCCGGGCGUGUGGGUGGCGGUCGUGGUGUGCAUGAUGCUGGUCGUCGUGUUCGUCGUCGGCACGGCGUACGCGUGGCACCGGCGCACCAAGGCCAAGGAAACCAAGAAGCGCAAUAAGAUUUUCGAGAACUUGGACCGCUUCCAGAAGAUCUCCGACGGAGGCGUGAUGUCGAGCUGCGUGUCGGGCGGCGGCACCGGGGCCAUGACCAGCCUGCUGGCGCUGCCGGGCGUCCUCGGCGCGCUGGAGGGCUGCAUCGUGCCCGCCUCCUCCCUGCUCCUCCUCGAGACGCUGGGGUCGGGCUGCUUCGGCACCGUAUGCAAGGGCAUCCUUACGUGCCACGACGGCAAGCUGGAGGAGGUAGCCGUCAAGCGGCUGAGAGAUAACGCCACUCCGGAAGAGGCGCGCCACUUCUCGGAUGAGAUUGCCCUGAUGAAAAGCGUGGGGCACCACAAGAACAUCGUGUCGAUGGUGGGUUGCUGCAUUGAGGGCGGCGUCACCCUGCUGAUCGUCGAGUACUGCGCGCUGGGGGACCUGCAGCGCUUCCUACGCGAGGCCGCCAAAGCCAUGAGUGAAGAGAGGGGGCCGGACCUGAAAUACAUCGAUAUUUGCCACAGUGAUUCCGACAGUGAAAACGACUACUAUGAGCGACAAGCAAAAUUGAGUCAGAGAAUUACCGCAGCCAAUGCCGUCUCCAACGCCACAUAUGGCAUGGACAUGGGAGAUUCCGACCAGAAGAACAGCCUGCGACUAUCCUCAAAGGACCUGCUGGCCUUCGCACGACAGGUGGCCGACGGCAUGGAGUACUUGGCAAGCACAAGGCUGGUCCAUCGGGACCUCGCCGCCAGGAACAUCCUCGUCUGUGAGGAUAGGACCGUCAAAAUAUCAGACUUCGGGCUGUCGCGUGACAUCUACGAGCAGAACGUGUACCACCAGAGUGGCUACGACAAGGUGCCCAUCAAGUGGAUGGCGAUGGAGUCCCUGAUGCACAGGGAGUAUACCACGCAGUCGGAUGUGUGGUCGUUCGGUAUACUGCUCUGGGAAAUAGUGACGUUUGGAGGAUCCCCUUACCCCUCUAUUCCGAACAACGGCCUCUUCCAGCUUCUACAACGAGGAUACCGUAUGGAGAAACCUGCCAAUUGCAGCGAAGAACUGUACCAAGUUAUGCGUCAAUGUUGGAGAGAAAAGCCCAGUGAGCGACCAACGUUCACCGAUCUGAAGAAGAGACUCGAUGACCUCCUAGUGACAGCAGCAGAAAACCAAGGAGCCGACUACCUGCCACUGAUUUCAUGAACAUGUCGGGUGAUUGAGGGAAAUCCUAAGAAUCCUACCUCGGUGAUGACAACAUGACAACCAUCCUUUAGCUCAAGGAACCAAGCCAAAAUAUGUGAAAAGGUUCUACUUUGCUCACAUGUAAAAGUAUUUCAUUUGUGAUAUAUUAGAUAUUUAUACACUUAGCACGAAUUCUGUGAAAGUACAAAUAUAAUCUAAUCUGUAAUAACAUAAGCGCGUGUUUGUGUGAUGUCAAAGACGAUGCUCAUAAAAUGAGUGAGUGCCAACUUUUUAUCUGUAGUUUAAUACACAUUUAGGGACAUACUGUCUAUUUAUACUCUGCGUACUUGUCCUGUUAAUUUAAACUGAUUAUUAUUUUUGAGGUAAAAGGCUUGACCAGAAAAUGCAUUUAGUACAUUACAUUUUGUAACUUGUUCCCUGUUAUUUUAUCAGUCUCUAAAUGAACUUUUGACGGGUAUUUCACAUGUACAUAAAAUCUAUGUUAUAGAAGAAAUAAAUGCCUUAUCUUUAAAAAGAAAUCGCAAGA